CUUCUUCUUUCGAAUCUCGUUUUCUCUCUCUCUCUCUCUAAGAUCCUGCUUCUAGCCAUUGAUGCUUCCUUAUGCGCUAAGGCAUUAUUCUUAUUCUUUAUGGAAAACCGAAUAGAAGAAGAAGAAGAAGGAAAUCAAUUAACAAUGGCGGCAGCAGCGAAAGGAGACAAAUCAGUAGACGAUCAUCAUCAUCAUCAUCCAUACGCCUUCCAUGUCUCCGGUCCUCGAAAUCUCUCUUCACCAAACUGGACAGAUCUCAUUAUCUCUACCUGGAAAGAUGAAAACUACAAGAGAAUGGUAAUGGCUUGUUUCAUACAAUCUGUAUAUCUUCUAGAACUUGACAGACAAGAAAAGAGAACAAAAGAAAACAGUCUAGCUCCAAAAUGGUGGAUACCUUUCAAAUACAAGUUAACUGAGACAUUGAUCGACGAAAGAGACGGUUCGAUCUUCGGUGCUGUUCUUGAAUGGGACGGUUUCAUUUUCAUGAGACCGAGUGGCGCACCGAAAGCGGUUUUAGCUCUUAGAGGUACGAUUCUUAAGAGUUCCACCAUUAGAAGAGAUGUAGAAGAUGAUCUUCGAUUCCUUGCUUGGGAAACCCUAAAGGGUUCUGUUAGGUUCACCGCCGCACUUAAUGCCUUGAAAUCCAUCACCCACAAAUACGGUAGCAACAACAUAUGCAUCGCGGGUCAUUCUCUAGGCGCCGGAUUCGCGCUCCAAGUAGGGAAGACAUUAGCGCACCAAGGCGUAUAUGUGGAGGCUCAUCUCUUUAACCCGCCAUCGGUUUCUUUAUCGAUGAGUAUGAAAAAUAUAGGAGAGAAGGCGAUUUUCGCUUAUAACAGGUUCAAGUCCAUCCUUCCUUUUAAUGCAAUCAUCGGAGAACAGACCAAUGUUGUUACCAAUAUAACACCUCCUUCCUCGUCGUCAUCAAACGGUUUGAAGAAAUAUUGGAUCCCACAUUUGUAUGUGAAUAACAACGACUACAUUUGUUGCUAUUAUACCGAUCAACCGAAAACAACACCAAUCAAAACGGAGAAUAAAGGGACGGCGAAACUUUUUGUUUUGUCGAAGGGGAAGCAGAAGUUUUUGGAGGCACAUAAGUUGGAACAAUGGUGGUCAGAUGACUUAGAGCUUCAAUUGGCACUCCAAACAAGCACCCUCAUAAGUAAACAACUUCAGUCCUUAUAUAUAUAAUAAUGAUUCAA